UACAAUACGCAGCAACGCGUGGCCGACGCCACGUGUCCCAAACUACAAUAACGACUUGCAUCGGAUGACGAAAUUCCGACUACUAUAAAUGGCUAAUAAUUGAGCCUUGCAUUUCACACACACUCAAAAAAAUAUCCAGAAAAAGCAAUCAAUCGAAAAUGUCGUACUUCCCAAAAGGCCACCACGACACCGGCGAUGAGGUCGACGACUUCGACGAGUACGAUCCCACCCCCUACGGCGGCGGCUACAACAUCGAAUUGACCUAUGGCCGCCCCCUCCCCCCCUCCGAGGAGACUUGCUACGCCAACACCUCCUCCGCCUCCGACGACUUUGACUACGAUCGCCCCCAGUACACCUCCUCCGCCGAGCCCUCCGCUUAUGGUGAGGACGCCCUCGACAACGAGUACAAGAGCUACUCCCGCCCCAAGCCCCGCCCCGGAGUCAAUCGCCCCACCGAGUACGGAUCGGGCGGCGGGAGACCCGAUUACGGUAGAUCGGAGUCUGAAUAUGGAUCCGGCGGCGGCGGCGGAGGUUAUGGUAGGAAGCCUGAGUAUGGAGAGCAAGGAUCUGAAUACGGAUCUGGCGGCGGUGGUGGAGGAGGUUAUGGCAGGAAGCCUGAAUAUGGUGAACAAGGAUCCGAAUACGGAUCUGGCGGCGGCGGAGGGUAUGGUAGGAAGCCCCAAUACGGGGAGGAAGGAUCCGAAUACGGAUCCGGCGGUGGUGGCGGAGGUUAUGGUAGAAAGCCCCAAUACGGGGAGCAAGGAUCCGAAUAUGGAUCCGGAGGUGGCGGCGGGUAUGGGAGGAGGCCUGAGUCUGAAUCUGAGUAUGGAUCGGGCGGCGGUUAUGGAAGGAAGCCUGAAUCUGAGUAUGGAUCGGGAGGCGGUUAUGGGAGGAGGCCGGAAUCUGAAUCUGAGUAUGGAUCUGGCGGCGGUUAUGGGAGGAGGCCGGAAUCUGAAUCUGAGUAUGGAUCGGGCGGCGGUUAUGGGAGGAGGCCGGAAUCUGAAUCUGAGUAUGGAUCGGGCGGUGGUUAUGGGAGGAGGCCGGAGUCUGAAUCAGAGUAUGGAUCGGGUGGGUAUGGGAGGAAGAGUGAGGAGGAGAGUGGUGGAGGGUACGGGCGGAGGCCGGAGAGGAGUGAGUAUCAGAGUGAGGGGUAUGAAAGGCCUAGCUAUGGUAGGUCUGAGGAAGAGGAUUACAGGAAGCCUAGAUACGACAGGGACGAUGAUGAAGGCGGCCGCAAGAAAUAUGGAGAUGAUGACGAGUCUGAAGACGAGGAUAAGCGUCGCAGGCACCACCACCGCAGGCAGUAUGAUGACUGAUGAUGCUGCUGGUGCCAUUUCCGUUUCCUACUACUCUGCUAAAUAAAAGACUUGUGUGUUUCUUCUAUGCUUUGCUGUUUGUGUUGUGAUGCAUAUUGAGCUUUGCUUAUCCAUAUGCUUGAAAUAAAGAGAAAAACUCAUGCUGCCCAAUGUAGGCCUAUUGACUCUUUGUGGUUUUGUUAUAAUUUAUGAGUGGGUUUAUAUGAAUUCUCCAGUGUUUGUGGGGAAGUAUUUGAUUA